CAAAAUUCCAACACCGAUCUUCUUUCUUGCAAACAGCGGCGGGACUCUCUUCUCUCUCUCUCUCUCUCUCUCUCUCCCCGUCGCUUUAUAUAUCAGGGCAGUCUGCUCAAGGAUAUCCUACACAGCAUUUGAUUUCUCCGCUCUCUCUCUCUCUCUCGUGCCCAAAUCAUAAGUUCGGGUUUGCCGUGUUCAGUGCAUGUAUGGAUCCUUCAAGUGGAACAAACCAGAGUUGUGUGCAAAAAUCACCUCCUUUGAAUCUGAUAUUGAUCAAGAUGCUUCAUUUGGAUGAAAAGUGAGGAAGCAAGACAAAGGCAAAGAUGAAGACUCCAACUUUAAAAAUUUGGACAGCUGAGAAAAAUAUGGACUAGAGAGUUGCUCACCACCGUGAGAAAAGAAAUGGGAGCUCAUUCAUUGGAAAGCAUGUUGAUAUCCCCUAAACCACAGCAAGAUCAAAGGAAGCCAAGGCCUCAGCCAGAAGAGGCUCUCCACUGCCCGAGGUGCGAGUCCACCAACACCAAGUUCUGUUACUACAACAACUACAGCCUCUUGCAGCCUAGGUACUUCUGCAAGUCCUGUCGAAGGUAUUGGACCAAAGGAGGGACCCUGAGGAAUGUUCCUGUGGGUGGAGGGUGCAGGAAGAACCGUAGGUCCUCGUCCUCAUCAUCAUCCAGAAGAGCCCAAGACCAGGGAGGACCAAUCUCAACUUUGAUCAACAACAAUGAUUACGACACCCCAAACCCAUUUACUACCUUGCACUCUCUAACUUAUGAUCAGUCCAGUGAUCAUAUGUCCCUUCCAUUCCUUGGGCUCCACAAGUUCCCAUACCAGCUUGGGCCUCAUGAGCUGAGCCAUGAUAUCCUCUCCUAUGCCAACAGAUCAAAGAACGGCCAUGGUGACAUGAACGGAGGCUUUCUUGAUUCACUGAAGAACGAGUUUGGCUUGCUUGAGAACACCCAGAAUAAUGUUCAUGACAGUCAUCAUCGUCAGAAUCUGUAUUAUGGGUAUGGAUCAGAUGGGAUGAACAAUAACAUGGGAGAUCCAGUGGACAGUGGUGGUGCUCCAUCAUCAUGUGAUCAUGAAAUGAUGAGCCCUGCUGGUUCUGCAAAUGAAGCUCUUGGAGCAACAUCAAUGAAGCAAGAGCUGUUGUGUUCUGAUAGGGACGGCGAAAAUAGGGUUUUGUGGGGUUGUCCGUGGCAGAUGAAUGGAGAUCAAUAUCGCGGGAAUGGUGUAAUGGGUGAUGUUAAUUCAGGGAGGGGAAGUUGGAAUGGUCUUGGUUCAUCUUGGUAUGGGCUUCUUAAUAGCCCUCUCGUGUAGUGUCGUGUCCUACAGUUUCAAAUGUUCAAACCUGGAAAAGAAUGGCAGUAGAUUAGAAUGUUUUGUUCUUGCUGUGCAUGAUCAGGCCCAACUGAAUCAUCUCGGGAGUUCUUCAGUUUUAUCUUUUCUUACAUCUUUUGAUUCCUCCUUAAAAUGUGGUACUGAAGUGGUGAGUUUGUCUGAAAUCGGUCUGGAAGGACCACGUCCUGUCAUUCUUCAGUGAAGAAAAGAGAAUUGAGUAGUCUUCAGAAUGAUUUUACACGGUCUGUUGUGCAGUCUGAGUACUCUGAGACUUCCAUUGAUUAGCAGAGUUUGUAGCACUGA